AUGGUAAUUCAGCUUCCAGUACGGCACAGCGUAGGUUCGGUGCUGGCAUCAGUCAGUGGCCACCUGUUCUCCGGUCGAAAAGGGUUUGUCAUCAUCAUUUUCGCAUUUCGUUUCGACCUCGCCUAUAUGCUCUCCACUGGGAUGCUCCAGACGAACCAAAGCUCUUUCCGACCUCGGGUCGACCCAACCUUUAUUACGAGUAAAACUAGAAAGCCGCUCGACAAAUACAGUAUGCCGAACACCAAAACGAUCCGUGUGCCGCAUCUUUUCGGCACCGAUGCGGCGUACCAGAUGCCUCGAAAGUACGACGCGAGCAAGCCGACAUGCGUGCUCGUCAACAGUUUCACCAUGACGUCGGAUCUAUAUGCGGCCCAAUACAAGAACGAGGCGCUCCUCGAUGCCAUGAACAUCAUUGCCAUCGAGCCUCUAGGCCACGGCCAGACGAGAACAAGCACCGACACCUUCACUUACUGGGACACGGCCAUCAUGAUCCUCCAGGUGCUUGAUGCGUUGGACAUCAAAGGCAAAGUGUUCGCGCUGGGCACGAGCCAAGGCGGAUGGAUCGUGGUCCGACUGGCUCUUCUUCAGCCGCACCGGAUCGCCGGCAUCAUCCCUCUCGGGACCAGUAUGGACUUUGAGAGCGAGCGGUCACGCAAGCUGGGCAACUUUGAUUGCCUGAGCACCCUGGCCGGACCCAUCAAGGAGCUCGAGUCGACGGAGCCGACGCCGGACUUCGUCGUUUCACAGGAAUUCCGAGACUUCCCCAUCUACGUCGGAUUCGGGAAGGGGGUCGACCAGAAGACGGUCGACUUUUGGAACGAAGAAUUGAAGAAGAACUACAGUGGGGAUGCAGGACGGAAACGCUUGAAGGAAGUAACCAUCAAUUUGAGAGACCGCGAUGGGCUCCACAAUAGGCUCUAUGAUGUACGAUGCCCGGUCCUCUGGCUGCAUGGUACCGAAGAUCCUGCGUACUGUGUGCCGAAUGCAGAGGACGAAAUCAAGAUGUUUGUCAAUUCGCCCGAAGCCAGAUUACAGGUUGUGGAAGGAGGCCAACAUUACCUCAGUGCUAGUCAUCCGGAAGUCGUUGACAAAGCAUUGAUGGACUUCGUGGCCAAAUAUAGUUAA